CUAGUUAAAUUUUGUUUGGCUUUUAAAGACAGGAAAUUCGGUUGGUCGAUCAUUAUAUUUACAUUUUGAGGACGUAUUUCUUUUUAAACAUACAAUUUUUAUUUGUGUAAAUUCGUUGUGCGUUGGUUUAAAACUAUAUCAUUAUUAACAAAUAAUAAUGUCUGAACUUCAGUCAUCUUUACUGUUAAAAAAGCAAUUGGCAGAAUUGAACAAAAAUCCAGUGGAAGGAUUCUCAGCUGGUCUCAUAGAUGAAAAUGAUAUAUUUCGGUGGGAAGUCUUAAUAAUUGGACCACCAGAUACAUUGUACGAAGGAGGAUUCUUCAAGGCACAUCUUUAUUUUCCCAAAGAAUAUCCAUUGCGUCCUCCCCGAAUGAAGUUUGUCACAGAAAUUUGGCAUCCAAAUAUUGAAAAAAACGGAGAUGUUUGUAUUUCUAUCCUACAUGAGCCUGGAGACGAUAAAUGGGGGUAUGAGAAGGCAUCGGAGCGCUGGUUACCCGUACACACAGUGGAGACUAUCUUGAUAUCUGUAAUAUCAAUGCUGGCUGAUCCCAAUGAUGAGUCUCCGGCAAAUGUAGAUGCAGCUAAAGAAUGGAGAGAAUCGUAUACUGACUUUAAACGUAAAGUUGCACGUUGCGUCCGGAAAAGUCAAGAAGAGUGCUCGUGAAGCAGAUCGCCCUAACUUUGUAUAUUUAUAUAAAAGAUUUUAUACAUUAAAAGGAUUAACUGAAUUGUGUAGAAAUUAAAGUGUUUCGUUGGGACCGUAAUAGUUAUUAUAUUAAUUUUAACGCAAAAUUUGCAGUUAUGAUUAUUUUGUAGAUUGAUUUUGUACAAUUUGUACCAAUGAUAAUCAUAAUGCGGAAAAACAAUAUAUAAAUGCAUACGAAAUUAUUAUA